AUGCCACCUCCACCACAAGUUUACGGUCAAGGAAUGCAACAAUCGAACUGGGAUAAGUUUAAGAUGGGUUUAAUGAUGGGUACUACUGUUGGUGUCUGUACUGGAAUACUUUUUGGUGGAUUUGCUGUCAUCACACAAGGUCCAGGACCUGAUGGUGUAGUCAGAACACUAGGUAAAUAUAUUGCCGGUUCUGCAGGUACAUUCGGUUUGUUUAUGUCUAUUGGUUCUGUGAUCAGAAGUGAUGAUGGAUAUGAUGAGAGAAAUCUAAGUGUGCAAAAACUAUCGGAGUUACAACAAAGGGCAAGAUUCGAGGUUUGGAGAGUCCGUUCACAAUACGGUAUACAUCGUGAUUAG